GGCUGACUCCAGGGUCCACGUGCAGCGGCUGCAGGAGGUGGAGCAGGAGAUCGAGGCCACGGGCACCUACCAGCUGCUGGAGCCCGAGCUGAUCUUUGGGGCCAAGCAGGCCUGGCGCAACGCCGCCCGCUGCAUGGGCCGCAUCCAGUGGAACAAGCUGCAGGUGUUCGACGCCCGCGACUGCGCCAGCGUCCAGGAGAUGUUCGGCUUCCUGUGCACCCACCUCCAGUACGCCACCAACCGAGGCAACCUCCGGUGA